UUCUCAUUCAGCGUUGCGGCCUAAGCGAAAGUCAUUUGGCAUUUGAGGAGUCGGUGGAACUUGUGGAAGUCAUCGCAUCAUGCAGAAGUCAGAUUAUCCAUUCUUGCCAUAUGAACCUCCGAGCUGGGCUGCCAACUUGGCUUUGAUUCCAAAGUUUAAAUUUCAGUUGGCUAACCUGAACACCCCUAUCCACAAAUGGCGUCUUCCAAGGACACCUGAUGACUUUGAGGUCUUUGUCAAGAGGGAUGACAUGACAGGAAGUGUUCUCUCAGGCAACAAGAUCCGUAAGCUUGAGUUCCUAUUGGCUGAUGCAGUAGAUAAAGGGUGUGAGGUCAUCUUGACGUGUGGAGGAGUCCGAUCCAAUCACUGCCGAGCGACGGCCAUCUCGUCUUGUCAGCUUGGGUUAGAAUGCCAUCUAUUUCUGUGGUCCAGAACUAAGGACCUUAAGGGCCAGUUCACUGGGAACACUCUUUUAGACAGGAUGGUUGGAGCCAACUUUUAUCUUGUACCAUCAGAGUGCUCGUUCCAGAAGGAGAUCUAUCCCAGAAUGCAACAGCUCCAAGAGCAUAUAAUGAAGACAUCAGGGAAGAAGUGUUAUUCAAUACCUCUGGGUGGCUCCAACUCUGUUGGUGUGUGGGGGUAUAUAGACUGCUUCAAUGAACUCAUCAAACAGGGUUUACAUGAGAGAUUCACAGACAUUGUCGUAGCAUCGGGAAGCACAGGAUCUGUAACUGGUCUUGCCAUAGGGAACCAUCUGACAGGAAACAAAGUCAAAGUCCAUGGCAUGGCAGUCAUAUCCGACGCUGCUUACUUUCACGAGGAAGCGGACGCAAUCUUGAGAGACCUAGGCUUGCAGGCCAGUGAUGGGUCAUCAGGGGUCAAGGCUGAGGACAUCAUGGACAUCGUGGAGGGAGUGAAGGGCAUAGGUUAUGGUCUGUCCACACCAGAGGAAUUAGAAUGUAUUCAAGAGGUUGCCACGACAACAGGUAUCCUGGUAGAUCCAUGCUACACAGGGAAGGCCACAUACCAUACAAUGAAACUCAUGAGAGAAAACCCUGAUAGGUUCCUAGGAAAGAAGAUACUCUUUAUUCAUACAGGAGGAUGGUUUGAUCUGUUCAGUGGAGUGAUGUCAUCCGCCAUCGAUGGCAAGAGCUCUGCAGAAAACAAGGUCUAUGAUUGGAUGGAAAUGACUGACAAAUUGCCAUUCGACCAAUAGAAAUGAAGAACAUAUAAAUACUGUAUUCUAAGCUUACACUCUGGGUUUUGUUGUUGUUAUUUUUUGUUUGUUUUUGUAUGUUUGUAUCGUUUCGUUUUGCAUUUUAAGGAAUAAUCCUACCAGGUACCCAUUUACCUCACCUGGGUGGAGUGUGGCAAAUGUAGAUUAACGUCUUGUUAAAGGACGUUAGUGUUGUGGCAGGGAUUCAAACCCAUGUGGUUCACAGUCGGGAGACUUAUACACUAAACCAAAAAAACCUAACCCUUUGUAAGUCAUGUUGAUUAGCAUGGUAACUUCAUUAUUAAAAGUGUGUGAUAAUCACAAAUAACAUUUGUGAAAAGCUGAAAUUUGUUUUAUUCUUAUAAAUGAUACACUUCCACUGUGCAUAAUAUAUACCGCUUCCUAUUUUUCUGUUGGCCUAAAAACAAAAUCUGUUGCCUUGUUCAGUGUGUAUUUUAUUGCUGCAUGCAAGUGUUUGUGUGUGUACGUCAUGCAGCUGUGGGCUCACUCAUAGUUAAACUUUUGUUACUUAAUUUACGCUGGUGAAGUAAUGGUAAAACCAGACAUUUCAUAGAGUAAAAUGACAGGCACUCUCAUAGCAGGAAAUUUUUAAAAAAAUUGCCUCGUUUUGUGGAUUUAAUUUGAAUAAUUGUCGGCAUGAAGCAUUCACAAAUUGUGAUGUCGCAUUAUAACAAUCAUUUAUAUCCUUCGUGUCAAAAUGUAUUGUCAUUAUCUGGUGUAGUACGGUGCAAUAAAAAAGGUUAACAUAUCAAAAACUGCAGUUUUAUAUAAUGUUGUCCAUGUGUUUUUAAUGUAAAAGAAUAAUAGAACUUGAUCCUAUUUUAUGUACCUGCUACAUUGUAAACAUUGUACAAAUGGUCCUUUUAAUAAAGGAAAAAGGAAAAAAGGAAAUGAAAAAA